CCUUAUGAGCUCCGCAACAAUGGCCUCCUCCACUUCUCCAUUAUUUCCGGCCACUGCCAUUCUCCUCCUCCUCCUCCUCUCCCCUCCGGCCGCUGCCCAACACGACUACUACGACGCCCUUCACAAAUGCAUCCUCUUCUUCGAAGGCCAGCGCUCCGGUAAACUCCCUCCCGACCAACGCCUCAAAUGGCGUCGCGACUCCGCCAUCCACGAUGGCGCCUCUAUUGGGAUAGAUUUGAGCGGCGGGUACUACGACGCCGGAGACAACAUAAAAUUCGGGUUUCCGAUGGCGUUCACGACGACCAUGCUGUCGUGGAGCAUCAUCGACUUCUGGCGCAACAUGGGACCGGAGCUGGGGAAUGCGGUUAAGGCGGUGAAAUGGGGGACGGACUAUCUACUGAAGGCGACGUCGGUUCCGGGUGUGGUUUUCGUCCAAAUCGGCGAACCAUACUCCGAUCACAACUGCUGGGAAAGACCCGAGGACAUGGAUACGCCUCGUAAUGUAUAUAAAAUCGAUGGGUCCCACCCAGGGUCUGACGUGGCUGGCGAAACCGCCGCUGCUUUGGCCGCUGCUUCCAUAGUGUUCAGAUCACGUGACCCUUCUUAUUCCAGAUUGCUUCUCAAUCGAGCCAUUUCGGUGUUUGAAUUUGCAGACAGGCACAGAGGAGAGUACAGCGACAGUUUGAGGAAUGCCGUCUGUCCGUUUUACUGCGAUGUCAACGGUUAUGAGGAUGAAUUGUUGUGGGGAGCGGUGUGGUUGCACAAGGCGUCGAGAAGGCGCGAAUACAGAGAAUACAUUUUCAGGAACGAGGUGGUGCUUAGAGCUAGUGAUAGCAUCAACGAGUUUGGUUGGGAUAACAAGCACGCGGGAAUUAACGUCCUCAUUUCCAAGGAAGUGCUGAUGGGGAGAGCAGAAUACUUCACAUCUUUCAGGCAAAAUGCUGACGAAUUUAUUUGCUCAAUAUUACCUGGAAUUUCCCAUCCUCAAGUUCAAUAUUCUCCUGGUGGGUUGAUGUUCAAGAAUGGAGGAAGUAACAUGCAGCAUGUUACCUCCCUGUCUUUCCUUCUACUCACUUAUUCCAAAUACCUUAGUCACGCCAAUAAGAAUGUGCCAUGUGGAUCCUUCUCAGCAUCCCCUUCCAUGCUCCGACACCUCGCCAAGCGUCAGGUGGACUAUAUUCUGGGCGAUAAUCCGCUGGAGAUGUCCUACAUGGUUGGAUACGGUACGCGCUACCCUCGCAGGAUUCAUCACCGGGCUAGUUCGUUGCCGUCGGUUCAGGCCCACCCGGCUCGGAUCGGGUGCAAGGCGGGUUCUCGGUACUUUCUGAGUCCGAGCCCCAACCCGAAUGUGUUAGUCGGAGCUGUAGUGGGUGGGCCCAACGUGUCGGAUGCGUUUCCGGAUUCGAGGUCGUUCUUUGAAGAGUCCGAGCCCACUACGUACAUCAAUGCACCUUUGGUGGGCCUGCUCGCGUACUUUUCGGCCCAUCAUUGAACUUGGGUAAAAAAGGAAAAGUGAAAUGAAAAAGAAAAGUUAGUUGUAGUAGAGAUUGUGGUGGUGCGCUAAUGUCACCCCGCCGUUACUUUUAAAGAUUCCAAAUGCUUCUCCAUUAAGCAAUUAAAAAUGAACGAUCUCAUUAUUUAAUAUUUCUUUUCUUAUAU